AUGGUCAUCACGACGACGUACUCGAGCAGCGAACUCCUGUCGUCGUUCGCGCAGCACGCGGCCGGGAACAGCGCGCGCCCCACAAUGCUGCAGCCGCCUUUGCCCCCUCUGCACGCGUCGCACGUGACUCUGCUGCACCAUCCCUGUGCCCUGCUGGACACGCCCUCUCCGCCCGUGUCGCACGUGCUGCCCCACUUGACGCUGCCAGGCCACAGCGUCAUGGGGCUGGACGCGCCGCACAAGCGCUCGCCGCUGCUGUGCGGCUACCCGAGCAAAAAGUGCUGGAGCUGGCGCGUGGAAAAGCGCAAUGGCGAGCUGCACAAGUUCUGCGAGUACCAUCGGCAGAAGGCCAAUACGAACCAGCGCCGCAUGGAGCAACGGCGCAAACAAGGGCGACCGGCCUCGCCACGGGCCAAGCCGCACGUCAGCGGGCGGCGCUCGCCCAAAGUCUCGGCGGCUAUAAAGCUCGAGACGGUGCUCCACGUUGGGCUGGACCCGGUCAUGGUGACAAAGUGGGGCGCCCGCGCUGGAGCGGGGGCUGCCAUGUCUGCGUCGUCGUUGUCUCCUGCUGCUACUGCUACUGGCAGUCCGCGCGGCAUCGACGGCUUUGAUGAUGGCAGCUCUGCCGAAGACGACGUCGCGAUGCUCUCGUGGAUGGACGCAGAGCUGGACGUUGGCAUGGGCAUGGACGCCGCAGUGGAGUACAUGAUGGCGGACGCCCCGGUGAUCGACGUCGAGCCGUCGGACACGCCCGUGGACUUGUUCGAAGAAGACCUCUUCUUCCUCGAGCACUUUAUCGACGAGAUCUCGCACAGCGCCGUGUGA